CGCGCGCCCUCCUCCUUCGAGAAGACGUCGACUACGACUCUUCCCCCCAACCAUCCCUGUCCCUGCACGACCACCACCAUGUCCGCUGCACCACCCCGAGGCUCGCCCUCGCUCUCCGACCACGAAAAGGGCUCCGACCGGAGUAUCGCCCAGCUCGCGUCUAGCAAUGACGGAUCCGAGAUUUAUGACGGAGAGACUGUCGACGAGAAGAAGGUGAUACGAAAAAUCGAUUGGCAUCUCCUCCCGGUGCUCUGUGUUCUGUACCUGCUCGCCUUUCUAGACCGCGUGAACAUUUCGAACGCGGCGUUGUUCGGUCUACAAACGGAUCUGAACCUCACGUCCCUGCAGUACAACAACUGCUUGGUCAUCUUCUUCGUACCGUACAUCCUGGCAGAGGUGCCGGCGAACGUCCUCAUGAAAAAGUUCCGACCGCAUAUAACGCUGCCCACUUGCAUGUUCAUGUUUGGACUGGUCACGACACUUCAAGGCCUUACAUUCAGCUACGGAUCCUUGCUCGUGACGCGUUUCUUCCUCGGUUUCUUCGAGGCCGCCAUGUUCCCAGGGUGCUUUUACCUGCUCGCCAUGUGGUAUCGCCGAUCUGAGUCCCAAAAACGCUACUCGUUCUUCUUCUGUAGUACAACUCUUGCCGGGGCAUUCGGCGGCUUGCUCGCCUCUGCUAUUGGCAAGAUGGAUGGCGACCGCGGCUACCGAGGUUGGCGCUGGGUAUUCAUUCUUGAGGGUGUUGCAACCUGCCUCAUCGCGCUGACGUUCUUCUUCCUGGUCCCCGAUUUCCCUGAGGAAGCGGCCUUCCUGACGGAAGCCGAGCGUCAGUUCGUGAAAGCGCGCCUGAAGGCCGACGUCGGAUCGUCUGCCAGGCAUGAGAGGCUCGGCAUGAAACAAGUCCUCAACGUCUUCAAGGAUUACAAAAUAUUCCUUGGAGGCUUCAUGUACUUCGGACUCAUCGUCCCUGCGUACGGAAACGCCUAUUUUGCGCCCACCAUCAUCAAGCAACUCGGCUAUACCUCCACUCAGGCACAGCUGCAUAGCGUCCCUCCGUGGGCGGUUGCCUUUUUCUUCGCGAUGAUCGUCGCGUUCGCCAGCGACCAUUUGGCGCAUCGGUGGCUGUUCAGCGUCGGGACCGCGCUCGUGGCCCUCGCCGGCUUCGCGAUCUUACUUGCGGUGCAUGAUAAUGUUCAUGUCCAGUAUGCGGCGAUGUUCUUGAUCACAAUGGGCACCUACACCUCUAUGCCGCUGCUCGUCUGCUGGUUCAACACGAAUUUAGCAGGUCAUCAUCGACGAUCGGUAGGCUCGGCCUGGCAGGUCGGGUUCGGUAACAUUGGCGGCAUCAUCGCCGCCUACCUCUUCCCCGCCGCCGACGCAAAGACGCACUAUAAGAAGGGCUACUCCGUCUGCGUUGCGUUCAUCUGCCUCUCCAUCCUCUCCUCCACGCUCUACGUCCUCGGCAUCUCCUGGGAAAACAGGAGACGAGCGCAAGGGCGACCCUUGAUAUGGGAGAUGUCGGAAGCGGACAAGGAGGCUUUGGGAGACCUCAAUCCCGACUACCGCUAUCUGCGGUAG